GACCAAAACCUUAGUCAGACGCCCAUUUCGCACAGAAGCAGCCCACGCGACCGCCCCUCGUUAAAAAAACAGAAUCCGGAAACGGCAAAAAAAAAAACCGCAAAAAAGCAUGUUGGCAGUUCGGCGGUUGGUUGCAUUGCAACCCAGCGCUGCCAACCCGACCCCCCCAAAAUCCUGUUUAUAUCAGGCCCGGUUAUGAAAUGGCGGAUGGCGUUUUAUUGUCAAAGAAAUAGUGUUGUCCAUCGCCGAGCUUGAAGCCCCCAGCGCCGCCAAGCCGUAAAUGAACUUGGAGCCGUCGCCCCCCGAGCCCCCAGUGCCGUCGUGACCGUCCCGCGCGCCAAAGUCUCUCAUAAUAUGGGGUGAAUCCUCCAGAGCCCGGUCGAGUCAAAGCCCGAACGUCGCAAGCCUUUAUGUCCUCAGCUGGUGAGUUACGUGAUGGAAAUAGACGUCACGCCCGAGGCGAACUCCGAGAAAAGCGACGGCGCUUCGAGUCAGGGCGAGGAGGAAAAUGCCGAGAAAGCCGACAAGGGGCCCCCCGAGCCCAAGAGCAAGAAGGCCAUCAAGCACGCGCUGCGCCAGCAGGCGAAGCGUAGGCGCAAGAACACGACCAUCGCCUCCGGCAACUCGUCGACGGUGCCGCGGAUCAUCGUGAAGCCGCUGCCCCCGCAGCCCCCGGAGGAGGCGCCGCCGACGGCCGUCAAGGCGCCCACGAUGCGGGAGGUGCUGGCGUCGAUUCCCGGCUUCACCAUGAAGCCUCGCAGGCGCACCAACAAGAAGCUGUCCACGGCGGCCCAGCUGGAGCAGACGAAGGAGGGCUGCAUCGACCUCGAGACUCCGGACUCGAUUCUCGUCAACACGAACUUGAGACUGUUGUUGAAUAAAGCGACGUUCGCCUCUCUACCGCUGUUGUAUCAGAAUAAACUAGUGCAAUUAUUACCCGAUGUCGAUAGGAAUAGUGUGACAAACUCUGCGGACUCGUUAGAACUGAGCAAUUCGGGGUUGAACAACGAAUUCUUCGCGAGGGCUUGUUUGGAGUGGCAGGACAGGUUAGCCGAGGGCGAGUUCACCCCCGAGAACCAACAGAAGCUAAAACUCGAAGCCGACAAAGAACGCAGCAAGUUGGACCCAUGGAAGCUCAAGCACUUCGAGCCCAUCUGGGGGGACAAGACCCAAACGGACGCCCCCCAGAACGCGGCGCAGGUGCCGCCGCCCCGCCCCCCCAUCAAAACCACCAUCAAGUUACGGCCCACCACCACUGUCAGUAGCAAUAAGGCCAAGGCGCCCCCAGUCAAAAGACUACGGACAGUGGGGGCGGUGACCCGGUCGUGUACGAAAGAGUCCGAGCUCUCCCUCGAAACCAAAACCCAAAUCCCCGACCUGCUACCCAUCCGGUCCGUUCGCAACCAAGCGCCUAAGGAAGAACCAAAAAGUGAGGAUCUCAGUGAUAAUCAUGCCGAAAAGCAAGAGAAUUGUAUUAUUAAUAUAAGCAAAACGAUACUUCAAACCGACGAAGAGACAAUCAUUACGUGUAGCAACAACAACAAACCGAGGAGCGAGAAGCGGCGCCGCUCCCUGAGUCGCGACUCCGCCGAAAACUCGCCGAAGCGGAAAUCCCCCGAGAAGGAGCCCGAGGAGAAGAGCGCCGUCGACGAAGAGCCCGCCCCCGAGGAGCCUAAGCCGAUCAACGACCACAACGACAAUGACAAUGAGAGCUCGGUGGACAGCUCGAUCACCCUGUCGGAGCCGGACGGCAAGGACGACGACGACAAGGAGGAGGAGGCGAAGAUCGACGACGUCAAAGACGUGGAGGACCACAAUGAAGACACGUCCUCGACGGCGACGCUGGAGUACAAGAACGAGGAGAGCCAGGACGAGGAGGUGAAAACGGACGACGUGGUGACGAAGCCGGACGACGACGAGGAGGAGAGUCAGUCGAACCAGCAGGACCUGAUGGAGAACUCCUUUCCGAUUCUGCCGAAUAGUCUGAUCCUGCAGCAGGAGUCGAUCGUGCUGGAGAAGACGUCGUGCUCGGAGAUUUGCGGCGCGGAGAUCUGCAUGGAGGACUCGGCGGAGAAGCUGGAAGCGAGCGUGGAGGAGUCGGACCUGGUGAUGGCCCAGCUGACGGAGAGCAACUUCGAGAGCGUGAGGAACAUCGAGGACGACGACGCCAACGAGGAUAGGUUCAUCGACGCGGAGAACUACGUGCUGGAGUCGGGGCAGAUCACGCUGGAGGAGGGGAAGGAGAAGGAGAGGACGGAGGUGGACAUCGAGGCGACGUUGUUCGGGAAUGACGGGACGCAAGCUCCGACCCAGGACUGCUGCUGGGACUUGGUCGACUCCAGCACCGAAAAGCUGCUCGAAGUGCCUUUGCACGCGCUCGAAUCCGUUCCCGCGGGCAUCGUCGGCCAAGAGAACCCCGCCGAGCACGUGGAGGUCAUCCCCAUGCAGGAGGAGCUCGAGGUGCGGCUCGAGGAGGGCACGUUCCCGGUGCCGAACGACUGGCACUACGACGUCAAGAUGGACUCGGAGAUGGUGGCGGCCGCGCUGGGCAGCACCGAGAGCGACAACGGCGCGGCGGCGAACGCCAAGGCCGGCCAGAACUACCAGGAGUUCACAGGCAACCAGGUUAAGCUGGAGCUGGAGGUGACCUUGACGCCCGAGAUCAUCAGCAACGACAGCCUGAUCACGAGCACGGUGAGUUCGAGCAACGGCGCCAACUCGACGGUGACGCCAUCAGUGAGCAAGACCGUGACGACGGUGAUCCCCCCGACGACGAUCGUGUGUCUGCCGUCGGUGGUGAGCACCGGAUCUCUAGUGAAUCCCGUCAACGAGAGCCAGUGCGUCCCGACGCUCCCCAGGCCGGGGAUGGUCCAGAGCUCGAGCGCGCUGCCGUACCUGGCGCUGAGCACGAGCCAGCCGAUUCGGGCGGUGCCGGCGCACACGAAGGCCAAGCCGAAGAGCUCGCAAAGCGGAGGCUCGAACAGGAACCGGGGCAGCAACAAGCCGCCCCCGGGGGCUGUCAAUCUGGAGCGAAGUUACCAGAUCUGCCAGGCGGUCAUCCAGAACAGUCCGAACCGGGAUCAGUUGAGCUUUGUUGGUAGAUGUCAGCUGAAACCGCCGCCGUCGCUGCUAGCCGCCGCCGCGGUUAACAACACGGUGAAGAAGAACGAGAACAACAGACAGACGCAAUACAGUUCGGUGACGUCGUCCAGAGGCUCGGCGAAGACGUUCACGCCGCCGUUGCCGGCUAGCGGUAAUUUCCAGAUGGUGCAAAACAAUGGGGUGAAGAACGUGGGGCAGAAGGCGAGGUCGGUGCCGUACCAACAGCAGAGGCAGCCGAGUCCGCCCGUCGUGGUCAGACACGUGUUCACCUCGGGGCAGGGAAUCCCCGUGACGAUGGCAGUACUGCCACAAGCCCCUGCCUUAAGUCCUGAAGUGGUUGAAGCCCCCAACCCCAUGGGCGCCGUCGGCCAGUACAUCCUCGUCCAGCGCGCCGGCGUCGGCGACCACCACCCCAACAUCCCGCGCUCAUCCAGCGCGCCGCCGUCCCACCAGCAGCAGCUGCCCGCCGCCAUCAACACCGGCGGCGGCCAGAUCCUCUCGGUCGGCGGUCGCGGCCGCCCCGCCAGCGUCGACGUCGACCACGCCGGCGGCCUCCAGCCCCAACAGCAGCAAGCGCCGCCCCCGCCGCCGCCUCCCCAGUCCAACGACUUCAUCGUCCAGUGCCCGAACCCCGGCACGCAGGCGGUGACCCGGCGGCAGCGGCUGCCCUCGGGCGUGGUCUACGGCGACGUCAGCCUCGAGAACCAGAUGCACAACUACACGAUCAUCGGCGGCGAGAACGUGAUGGUCGACCAUCCGGGGGCGGCGAUGCAGGGGGCGGUCAUGCAGCAGCAGAAGCGGGCGGCGGACAAUUGCGCGUGCAGUCUGAAGGCGAUGGUGGUGUGUAAAAAGUGCGGGGCGUUCUGCCACGACGACUGCAUCGGACCGAAUAAAUUGUGCCGUACGUGUUUCAUACGGUAGGUUGUCUUAUGAGGGGCGUUUGUUGGUAACAAUGAGGCGAGGGAUGGGGGUCGGAAAGAAGGGUAUUGCGCUUUUUUGUGCUUGGCGCUUGAAACAUAACCUUAAAAUAACAUUGUUGUUGACAGAACAAGUGUCAAUAGAGACGGCGUCAUAUUCCAUGGCGGUCUGCGAUUUCAGUUUAAAUGUUACGUGGGAGGGGUGAAAUUAUUGUUAAUAAUAAUUGGUUUAUUUAUUGGGUUUUUUUGGGGUAAUUAUAUAUUAUAUUUAUAUGCAGGGAGGGUUUCCCUGAAUUCCGAGGUAUUUUUUGUGUUGUAUAUUUGAUUUUUUGAAUCUCGUAUUUUUCGGUUGCUUGUGCAGUAGCAGCGAAUUCCGUACUAAUUUGUUUCAUAGUCGUGGAACGAUAAAGCUCCAGGAGCAUUGUUGCCAACAAACGGACGUGAAAUUGUACUGUGGUAAUUAAACAUGUAACAAAGAAGACUUGGUUGAUAGUGAUUUUUAAAGUUAGUUUUAAAAUUUAUAUUGUAACUUACGACAUAGUGAGGACUAUUUUACUUAUGCUUGUACAUGUGAAUGAAAAAAUACUCUGAUUCGUCACCGAUCUACUUUAUUUUUUUAUGUAUAAAUUAUUUUAGUCCGCUACAUAUCAUACACUUGGUUUUAUACAUAUGUUUUGUUUAUUUAUUUAUUAUUGUGCUCGCUCAGACGUUUGUUUUUGUUUUUUAGAAGUCUUCCAGCGUUUUGAUAAAAAAUGAAUAAAAAAUUUGUAGCUUGAUGUCA